AUGCAAGGGAGGAGUAGACCAACUCACCAACAGUAUGUGAAGGUUCUAAAAAGAAGGCUGAAGCAUGCUUAUGAAUUGUCAAGAAAGGAGUCUGAGAAGAACAAAAAGGCUAACAAAAGAAGAUGGGAUGCAAAAGUCAAGUUUUCACAUAUAUCAGAAUUUGACAGAGUUUUGGUUCGCAAUCUUAACUUAAGAGGAAAGCAUAAAUUGACUGAUAGAUGGGAAAGUCAAGUAUAUAUUGUCAUUCAGCAACUACAAGACCUUCCAGUAUAUGUUGUAAGACCUGAAGACAGUGAUAGACCUGAAAGGACACUGCAUCGUGAUUUGUUGCGGCCAUGUGGUUUCAUUUCAGCUAUGGAUGGGGAAGAAUCUCAACUACCUGACUAUGAAUUGUCAGAUGCUGAUAUGUUCAACACAACAGAUGAAACUGAACCAAUAGCUGGAUUGAAUCCUAAAGCAUCUGUGUUUGAACCAAAAGGGUUUAAUUUUUCUGCAGUAGAUGAUGCCUUGCAACCAACAGCUGAGAGUAUGUUGUUAAUGGAUCCUAAUGACACAGUUCUCCAUAUUCAGGGAGAGGAAUUUCCGAACAAUUCUGUUGAAGUUCCAGUAACUGAAACUAAUGAAGAUGUGGAUAUGCCAAUUUUGGAAACACCUACUCAGGAAACUGUAACUGAGACUCUUCCACAGAGACCACAAAGACAAAGGCACCUGCUUUUUGCAGACAAACAGGUCAAUACUGAACUUUACCAGCUGAGACAAAAGCAUCUUUCUAGCUUUCAUGGAGAAGGGGAGGAAACAGAAAAAGCUUCUACCAUUGAGAGCUUUGUGACAAAUUUUGCAAACAUCUAUGAGUCAGAUCUUCUGCCUACUCGUAAUGGUGAGGAAUUGACGGAACAUUUUCUUCAUGAAGUGGUGGAUAUUCUCCUGCGUUACAUCAAAAAGACCUAUGAUGAAAAGAGUAAAGUGCUGGAUUUCCACCAUCCCCAUCAGCUUCUGGAAGGGCUGGAAGGCUUCAGUGUGGAACUCUCUGAUCAACCAGAACCUCUGGAACAAAUACUUGUUGACUGUAGGGAUACCUUGAAAUAUGGAGUUAAAACGGGGCAUCCUCGUUAUUUCAACCAACUGUCCAGUGGCCUUGACAUUAUAGGACUUGCCGGGGAAUGGCUAACAGCGACAGCAAAUACAAACAUGUUUACUUAUGAAAUAGCUCCAGUAUUCAUCGUAAUGGAGGAGGUUGUACUUAAAAAAAUGCAUGAAAUUAUUGGAUGGGGAGAAAGUGAAGCAGAUGGCAUAUUUUCUCCUGGGGGCAGCAUAUCAAACCUCUACAGUGUUUUAGUUGCCCGCUACAAACAUUACCCUGAGAUUAAAACCAAAGGCAUGGCAGCCCUUCCAGCCAUUACACUAUUUGUUUCUGAACAUAGCCAUUAUUCUGUCAAGAAAGCUGCAGCAGUUCUUGGGAUCGGGAUGGAUAAUGUCAUUGCUGUCAGGUGUGAUGAAAGAGGGAAGAUGAUUCCAUCUGAACUGGAGAAAAACAUUAUCAAAAUCAAGAGACAGGGCAAAGUACCAUUGUAUGUCAGCGCCACAGCUGGGACAACUGUGUAUGGGGCCUUUGAUCCUCUCGCCAACAUAGCUGACAUUUGUGAGAAGUAUAACCUCUGGAUGCAUGUGGAUGCAGCAUGGGGAGGUGGCUUGCUGCUGUCGAGAAGGCAUUCCCAUAAACUCAGUGGCAUUGAAAGGGCUAAUUCUGUCACAUGGAAUCCUCACAAACUGAUGGGUGUUCCGCUGCAGUGCUCAGCUUUCUUAGUCCGUGAGAAGGGUCUUCUCCAAGCCUGUAAUCAGCUGUGUGCUGGAUAUCUCUUCCAACAAGACAAGCAGUAUGACACAGCUUAUGACACUGGGGACAAGGCAAUCCAGUGUGGCCGGCACAUCGAUGUCUUUAAGCUAUGGCUGAUGUGGAGAGCUAAGGGCACACAAGGAUUCGAAAUUCUUAUCAACAAAUCUCUGGAACUUGCAGAAUACCUUUAUAAGGAGCUAAAGGCAAGAAAAAACUAUGAGUUCGUGUUUGAUGCUGAGCCUGAACUCACCAACGUGUGUUUCUGGUACAUCCCACCAAGUCUUCAACAGAUCCCAAAGGGACCAGAGAGAGAAGAAAGACUCCAUCAGGUUGCUCCAAAAAUAAAAGCAAGGAUGAUAGAAGAAGGCACUACAAUGGUUAGCUAUCAGCCUCAUGGGAACCAUGUGAAUUUUUUCCGAAUGGUCUUCUCUAACCCAGCAACCAAUAAAUCAGAUGUUGAUUUUCUCUUGGAAGAAAUUGAAAGGCUUGGGAAGGAUUUGUGA